ACUCAAAGUUAAGUAUCAUGGACAUGAAUAUUAUUGAGCAAUUCAAUCUGAGACAAGCUAAAUAGCUUCAAUGGGGAUACUUUCAAGACAUAGUCGUCGGCCAUUUUUCCUUCCUCGCUACGUUAUCUUCUUUGCUUUCCUCUUCCUUGCUCUUCUCCUCUUCUUCGAGGUUGACAACUUAAUUUCUCAGACAAAAACCAUUGUGGGUCACAACUUAGAGCCAACGCCGUGGCAUGUAUUUCCUACAAAAUCCUUCGAUGAAGAAUCCACUGUUUCAAAGGCUUCCAAGAUCAUAGGAUGCUCUUAUCUUAGCUGCCCGGGUCGUGUCACCGUUCCUCAAAAUAGCAACUCUGCAUCCAAAUCGAAAACCUCUGAAUCGAAAACUUGCCCAGAAUUUUUCAGGAGCAUACGUUAUGACCUUGAACCAUGGACCAAGUCCAGGAUUUCUAUGAACCAUGUAAUGGAGGCACAGAAGUUUGCAGCUUUUAGAGUUGUUAUUGUUGGUGGCAAAUUAUUUGUAGAUUUUUACUAUGCUUGUGUACAGAGUAGGGCUAUGUUCACGAUCUGGGGAAUAUUACAGUUACUUAGGAGAUAUCCUGGAAAGGUUCCAGAUGUUGAUUUGAUGUUUGAUUGCAUGGACAAACCUAUUAUUAAUCGAACUGAGCAUUCUUCAAUGCCUUUGCCGUUGUUUCGGUACUGUACCACACCGCAGCAUUUUGAUAUACCGUUUCCAGAUUGGUCUUUCUGGGGCUGGUCUGAAAUAAACAUAAGACCAUGGGAAGAAGAAUUUAAAAGCAUCAAAAAGGGUUCAAAAUCUCGAAGUUGGGUAAGGAAGAUCCCGGUAGCAUACUGGAAAGGAAAUCCAGAUGUUGUUUCUCCGAUUCGCACAGAGUUGCUCAAUUGCAAUGACACUCAAAUGUGGAGAGCACAAAUUAUGCGGCAGGAUUGGGCAGAAGAAGCAAAGGUUGGAUUUGAGAAGUCCAAGCUAUCAAAGCAAUGUAAUCAUAGAUACAAGAUUUAUGCAGAAGGAUAUGCAUGGUCAGUGAGCUUGAAGUAUAUUCUAGCAUGUGGUUCUCUUCCCCUGAUAAUCAGCCCACAGUAUCAGGAUUUCUUUAGUCGUGGUCUGAUUCCAAAGAAAAAUUACUGGCCAAUUCCUCCUUUUGAUUUAUGCCCAUCAAUAAAGGCUGCGGUUGAUUGGGGUAAUGCAAAUCCAUCGGAGGCUGAAGCCAUUGGAAAAGCAGGACAAGACUUUAUGGAGAGUUUAAGUAUUGAUCGGAUAUAUGAUUAUAUGUAUCACCUAAUUUCAGAGUAUGCAAAGCUACAGGAUUUUGUUCCUGUUCAACCCCCCUCUGCUCUUGAGAUAUGUAUUGAUUCUGUGCUUUGUUUUGCUGAUGACAAGCAAAAACAAUUCCUCAAAAGAUCCAUUGCAUACCCGUCACCUGUGAAUCCUUGCUCACUUUCCAGAUAGAAAUUCUACAAACAGUGGGAAAUUCAGGAUUUAGAGUUAGAACUAAAUGCAGAUUAUUUUUUCUCAUACACAUAUACUCCAAGUUAGACGCAGUCGUUUCUGUCGAACCUGUUGUGUUUAAUGUAGAUUCGCCACUAUCGACAAGAGUUGCAUAUAUAGAAACGAAUAGGAAAUUGUACAAGACGAAUCACAGACCGUAACCCGUUUGCCUUCCCACUUUUUACCAGAGAUUUUCUAUUUCAAUUACACUAAACAAUUGUAGAAGAAAGGAAUUUUAUGCCUUAUUUUGUAUGACCCUUUUGGGCAUUUGAGCUCUUCAUUCAAGAGAGAAGAAGCAGGUGUUAUCAGAAUGGUCUGAAGGGCUGUAGUACGUAUUUUAAAGAGAUCAGACUUUGUAUUUGGCGAUUAGGGAGAAAUAGCAAGUUUUAAGCUUUUAUUGAUUACUAA